AUGGCAGGAGCCGGGCCACGUACUGGCUGGUGUGCUGCCGUUCCCGCCAGAGUGGGCCUCAUCCACCGAGAAGACGCGCAUCUUCCAGCAGUGCAUGGAGGUCAUAUUCGAGCCCCUACUCCGCGCACACAGAGGGGCCGAAUUGUGAUGGUUUUAUGUGACGGACGCGACGGGCAAGGUGGUGAAGGCCUUUCCCUGCUUUUCGGGCAGCUGGGGGACUUCCCAGAGUCGUCUCGAUCUACAGCGACUCUGCAGCAAGGGUCACAUCGGCCGUGUUCUACCUGCUACAUGAAGGAGACACAUCUGGCAAACCUGUCGCAUAAGUCGGUGACGCGGACGGUGGAGCUACAGAGACGGGUCGUGGAAGCAAUUCAGUCGGCAACCGACAGCAAGGUGGCGGAGAAAAUCAAGAAACAAUGGCGGCGCAAGGAACAGAAGAAGGACACGCGCGCAAGCGUAUUGCGCAUCCUGGGGGGGACCACAUGGUUCAGCACAGGGGCGAACUACGCCGCUUUCGAGCACAGGGGAAUGAUGCAGGUGAUGCCCCUGCUUAUCGCAGACAACAUGGAGAAGAGCAAGCAGCCGGCUAAGGCGAAACGGGAACGGGAGGUGGCGGCGUUUGUGGCGUACGCCAGCUUCUACAAGGCGCUGGUGGGCGUGACAAAGCAUACCGAGAAGAUGGUGGCGGCGAUCAAGGCCGCAUUCCCUGACCAGACGUCGGACUGGAACAUCCCUAAGGUGCACCAGAUUGUGCACCUGAUUGACGGCAUACCACUGCGUGGUAUGCCGAACGAGACAUCCACCAACCUGUGGGAGCACACGCACAAGGGGACCGUGAAGGUGCCGGUCCGUGGCAGCAACUGGCACGACAUCCCGCGCCGAAUUGUCGAGGAGGAGGUGCAGCGCGAGAUUGCACGGGAGGUGGCGGCGGAAGCGGGUGGAAACAGGCAGUAUGUGACGGCGCUGCACGAGGCAGUGCGGCGCAUGAAGCCAGUCCUGACGAAGACUUCAAAGAGGGCGCACGUGGACGAAGACUUGGACGCGGUGAUGUGGGCGUACCGCGCAGCUCACGGGUCAGACAUGGACGCACUUGCCAGAUGCAUGGUGGCGGCAGGCAUCCACACCACCACCAUAGAGGUGGGAAAUGUCGUUCGAGAAGGUGGCUGGGUGAUGGGAGCACACGCACAAGGGGACCGUGAAGGUGCCGGUCCGUGGCAGCAACUGGCACGACAUCCCGCGCCGAAUUGUCGAGGAGGAGGUGCAGCGCGAGAUUGCACGGGAGGUGGCGGCGGAAGCGGGUGGAAACAGGCAGUAUGUGACGGCGCUGCACGAGCUCACGGGUCAGACAUGGACGCACUCGCCAGGUGCAUGGUGGCGGCAGGCAUCCACACCACCACCAUAGAGGUGGGAAAUGUCGUUCGAGAAGGUGGCUGGGUGAUGGUUAAUAGUAGUCCUUCUGAGCAGUGGUUUUCAGACAUCGCAGUGUACCGGUCCGACAAUGAGGAGUGGUAUGCCAGGUGCCUCUGCAUCUUCCGCGCAGAGGGGGCGGAUGGGGAGAUGGGGCGACACGUGUACGUUAAGUACUACGAGGCAGAGGGCACGUGCCCGAUGACGUCAUGCCUGCAGCUGUCUCCCGGCCGUGUGAGAACAAGAUAA